AUGUCAACUGCAAUUUCCCUUUUUGCCCCUUCCCUUCCACUAUGCAAAUCACAACAUCUUUCAAGAAACACGAACCCAUCUCCAAAAUCAACUUUAGAAACCAAAUUCAAUAGAAGAAACCUCUUAAAAACCCUUGGCCUGACCCUCAUAGGAGAAACAUCAGGCACUGGUAUACUUGUACAUCCUGCAGCAAAAGCAGUACCCGAGAGUCCAGUUGAAGCCACUUCAAAUACUUUAUCUUAUUCAAGAUUCUUGGAGUACCUUAACGAAGGUGCUAUCAGGAAGGUGGACUUUUUCGAAAACGGGAGAUUAGCAAUUGCUGAGAUAUCAAAUCCUGUUCUUAAUAAGAUCCAGAGGGUUAAGGUCCAGUUGCCUGGACUACAGAGAGAGCUGAUCAGGAAACUAAGAGAAAAAGAAGUCGAUUUUGCAGCUCAUCCAAUGGAAACGAACAUGGCGGAUGCUGUUCUUGACUUAAUAUCGAACUUUGCUUUUCCAUUGAUACUUCUUGGUGCUUUAUUGUUCAGAUCUUCGUCUCCAAACACACCUGGAGGGCCUAAUUUGCCAUUUGGACUAGGAAGGAGCAAAGCCAAGUUCCAAAUGGAACCCAAUACGGGGAUAACAUUCGAUGAUGUGGCAGGAAUUGAUGAAGCAAAACAAGAUUUCGAAGAGAUCGUUGAGUUUCUCAAAACCCCACAAAAGUUUUCUGCAGUUGGUGCGAAGAUUCCGAAAGGUGUUCUUCUGGUGGGCCCACCGGGAACUGGAAAGACGCUACUAGCAAAAGCCAUAGCAGGAGAAGCACAAGUACCUUUCUUUUCACUUUCAGGGUCGGAAUUCAUUGAAGUGUUUGUGGGCGUUGGAGCUUCUCGAGUGAGGGAUUUGUUCAAUAAGGCAAAGAUGAAUUCGCCAUGUUUGGUUUUUAUCGAUGAAAUAGAUGCUGUUGGAAGACAGAGAGGAACUGGAAUUGGUGGAGGGAAUGAUGAGAGAGAGCAAACAUUGAAUCAGCUUCUUACAGAAAUGGAUGGAUUCAGUGGUGACAAUGGAGUCAUCGUUAUUGCUGCUACUAAUCGACCUGAGAUUCUUGAUUCUGCUUUACUUAGGCCAGGAAGGUUCGACAGACAGGUAAGUGUCGGACUUCCUGAUGUUAGAGGAAGGGAAGAAAUACUUAAAGUUCAUAGCAAGAACAAGAAAGUAGACAAAGAUGUGUCACUUUCUGUAAUUGCCAUGCGAACUCCAGGGUUCAGUGGUGCUGAUCUGGCGAAUCUUUUGAACGAAGCAGCGAUUCUUGCUGGAAGAAGAGGGAACGAUAAGAUUACCAUGAAAGAGAUUGAUGACUCCAUUGAUAGAAUCGUUGCAGGAAUGGAAGGAACUCAAAUGACAGAUGGAAAGAACAAGAUUUUAGUCGCCUAUCACGAAAUCGGUCAUGCAAUUUGUGCGACUUUGACUGAAGGGCAUGAUCCAGUUCAAAAAGUGACAUUGAUUCCAAGAGGACAAGCUCGUGGAUUAACAUGGUUUACACCUAAUGAAGAUCCUUCUUUAACUUCUAAGAAACAACUUUUUGCUAGAAUAGUAAGUGGUUUAGGAGGUAGAGCAGCAGAAGAAGUCGUUUUUGGUGAACAAGAAAUCACUACAGGUGCAGCUGGUGAUUUGCAACAGAUUAACCAAAUAGCAAGACAGAUGGUUACUAGAUUUGGAAUGUCAGAAAUUGGGCCAUGGUCGUUGAUUGAUCCAUCAGUUCAAAGUAGUGAUGUGGUAUUAAGGAUGUUAGCAAGAAACUCGAUGUCAGAGAAACUUGCGGAAGAGAUAGAUAUGGAAGUGAAAUGUAUAAUUGAGAAAGCGUAUGAGAUGGCAAAAUCACAUGUGAGGAAGAACAGAGAUGCGAUGGAUAUAUUAGUAGAUGUGUUGCUGGAGAAAGAAACACUUACUGGAGAUGAAUUCAGAGCAAUUUUAGCUGAGUUUUCUGAUAUGUUUUCUGCGAAGAAAGGGGAGAGCGCUAAUGAAUUAGUCAAGGUGUAG